UGUCAUGGCGAAUGAUGGAGCAGAGACUUUGGCUCCGGUGUAACUCGGAGCUGCGGCUCUGAAGCGGCGGGGAUCGCCGAGCUCCCUCGCAGCCAGGAGGCCGACUUAUUUUGUUUUCCUCCUUUGUGGAUUUCCCCGUGCUGCACAAGAAAGGCCAAGAGGACAAGAGCCGAUUAUAAUUUGAGGAGGGCCAGAUGUGGAGAGCUGUAGUAACUGGAGCCCCUGCACUUCAGAUGACAUCAUGUCUUACUACAAUGAUGAGCCCCGAUACACUAUUGAACAAAUUGAUCUUCUGCAGCGCCUGCGCCGAUCAGGAAUGACUAAGCACGAAAUAAUCCAUGCACUUGAAACAAUGGAACGGCUUGACCAGGAACAAAAUGAAAAAUUUGUUAGGCGGCCCAACUACAGUAGCAACUAUGGAAACAACGUUUCAGCAUCCUCUUCAACUGCUUCUGCUGCUACACAGACUCAAAGUAUAGCGCAAUCACCGUCACCUAGUAAUAGCUACGACACAUCGCCUCCACCCUACAAUGCAAGCCACACAGGCCGAGAAAGCACUGCAAAUGAGAGACUUGUUGCCAGCGGAACACUAUCUCCGCGGUACCAGAACAGUGGGAGUCAGAGGUCAUAUAGUUUUGACACAGGAGAUGAUGAUGCAGAUUUGGAGGAUAAAGUGGAGGAGUACAUGAGAAGGGACAGCAAUGCAGUAAAAGAAGAAAUCAAAGCAUUUUUAGCCAAUCGGAGGAUUUCUCAGGCGGUAGUGGGACAAGUCACAGGUAUUAGCCAAAGCUAUAUAUCCCAGUGGCUGUUGCAGCAGGGCCUUGAUAUGAGUGAGCCCAAGAAGAGGGCUUUUUAUAGAUGGUACCUUCUAGAAAAAAAUAGUCCAGGUGCUACUUUAAGUAUGAGGCCAGUUUCAACCACCACAACAGAGGACCCUGAGUGGCGGUCAAAUGUCAGUCCGGUGACAGGAAACUUUCGUCUUAGAAGAGGAAGCAGGUUCACCUGGCGCAAAGAGUGCCUGUCUGUCAUGGAAAGUUAUUUUGGUGAAAAUCAGUAUCCAGAUGAGGCAAAGCGUGAGGAAAUUGCAAAUGCCUGCAAUACAGUCAUACAAAAACCAGGUAAAAAGUUAUCAGAGUUUGAGCGAGUUACCCCUCUGAAAGUGUACAACUGGUUUGCCAAUCGUCGGAAGGAGAUGAAGAGAAGAGCAAACAUAGCAGCAAUCCUGGAGAGUCAUGGGAUUGAUGUGCAGAGUCCUGGUGGACAUUCCAAUAGUGACGACAUCGAGGGCAAUGACUACUGUGAGCAAGAUGAAAAUACUUGCCAUAGUGACCAUCAGCAAGACCCCAUCUCAUUGGCUGUCGAAAUGGCAGCUGUCAAUCAUUCGGUCCUAGCUUUGGCCGGCCAGGGUGGAAGUGAGAUCAAGACAGAAGCAAUUGACGAUGAUUGAACGUAAGGCUGAAGGCAAUCAGGAUUAUAUAAUGUUAUAGACUAUAGCCACCUUCUUCCCUAUUAUAUGUACUGUUCCGCAACAGACUAUUUAGAUGUAUAUUUAUCAUUUGUUUGUUCGCUGUGCGUUAAAUUGAAAGAAAAGUUCUCAUAUCAUUUUUAUAGCUGCCAAUGUGAUCAUCUCAUAUUAACAUAUCAGUGAAUAGAAGUUGUCAGGUGUGACUUGUGCUAAGGUUUGCUGACAGCUGACUGUGAACUCAACAACCAUGUUUUUAAUGUAUUACUGCACAUUACCCAAUACAGUUGAAAUUAUUAGCUGAAGGCAAAAUAAAAGCGUUUUCUAUUUUCUACAUAGCUAGUUUUUUAUUAGGGAGGUACGAACAAAAAGUCAAACCAGACCAAACUGGCCCAAAUUCGGAAGAUGUAUGAGCCCAGCACUCUCACUCUGCAGUUCCUUCAAGGUUCCAGCUUCUGGAAACUAAGGAACUGGUGGCUCCAUACGCACCCAUAUCAGAUUUUACAUUGGACAAUUCAGAUUGGGCUUUGUUCGUUUGCUCCUACUUUUUAGCAUGUGCAUAAAUCAGGGAUAGGGUAGACAUUGUACAGUCAAAACCUGUUGUGGUCAUUCCCUGGUGAAACAAUUUCCCUCUGAUCAAAUUUUAUUUUUAAAAUGUCUUUUUUGACUUAAUUGUAGAAGAUUUGGUUGUAUGUCAGCCUCCUAGAAUUCUCUGGAUGAGCUGCCAAGCCCCUCUUCAUGUCUGUUUGUGUAUGUGCAAUUAAAUGGUGAUAUUUACAACAACUAAAACAUACUCAUUAGAAUUUGCAUCUCAGGUUAAGGAGGAACAAAAUGUUUGGAUCUGACAUACCCUCAAUAAGUGACACUUUACUGUCCCUGAGUGCUUUCUGCCAGUUUCCACUUCCUCAGAAGCAAGAUUAUGUUUAAUUGAGAUAUGAAAAAACCUCAAUUUUGUGAUGUUCUCAUCAGCCUAACAGUCAUUGCGUCUGUAAUUGAGGUCAGUAACCAUGCAGUAUCAUUUUUGUAAGAGGAGGUUUGUGUAAAGAGUGUCACAAAAUUUAAUUCAGUAUUAAAUUUGAUAACAGAGAAGUUAACUUGUUAGCUGUUUACUAUAGGGAGAGGCCCAGCUCAAGGACUAAACACGCAGAGUGCUCACAAAUUAGAUCCGCCUACAGCUAGAGAAAUUUUUCAAAUGCCACAUAGGUCUCAUUGUAACUGGUGCUAUGGCAUCUUGUAACAACUAUCUAUAAAACAGUGAUGUUACUUCAAAAAAUUAACACUCCUGGUUAUUUUGAAAUUGGUGGGUAACAAAACAGUGGCUGUAUUUACCAGGGAAGCCAAAGAAGCCACAACAGGACAGUUGAAUUUGCUACUGAAUCUUACCUUCUCUUGCACUAGCUGAGGGAUGUCAUCCCAUAGUUAGAGAUGUCCUUAGCUGUGCAAUCUUAUGUUCCUGGCCAGGGAGGUCACUGGUUUAAGGAGGUUAACUUAAGUGUACAUGGAAUGGAUGUGUGGAUGAACACUGGCAGAAUUCAAGAUUGUCAGAUUCAAACUUUGUGCUCAUUUGUAAUCUGGGUGCCUGCAAAACAAGGAACUCGAGUGAUUUUGUAAGUGGCUUUUCAAUGUUGUAAAACUUUCUCAGCCAGGAGUUACCUUGUGCUGCAGUGUCUCCAUAUCUUCCAAAGUUAAAGCUGAAGAAAAUUUGACAUGUCACUGAUCUUUUUGCAAAUGUUUAUUUACCCAAAGUUUGAGACUCUGGUUCAUGUCACCAUGAGAGAUCAGAGUUACUCCCCUUGAAGCUACUACUGUUGCUGACGAAAGCUUCAAAGGAAUGAAUACAAGUCCUACCAGUAACUUUUUUUUUAAACAUCAUAGCUGUGGAUUUAAUUCUAGACUGUAAUUAAUAAUCCAGAUUCACAAGCAUUCCUGCUUCCUGUGAAGUAGUUCAGUUAAAAGCAAUACCAUCUUGAGUUUGGCAAAGUAGCAGAAAAUCUAGAAACAAGCUGGUCUAGUCCCAGUCUAUAAUGAUAUGGUUUCUAAACUAACAAUGUCCCAAUACUGUCCUUGGACACUGCUGCUAGGAAUGGCAUAAAUGUUGCAUAUAUUAAUUUGUUUGACUCAUGCCGAUGACACAUGGAAAAGAGUGUAAUUCAGUGAUAAAACUUGCUA